CGACAGCGGGCAAACCGAGAUGGAGGUUGGCAUGGGGCGGAAGCGGUUCUUAUCAGAGUGAUCAACUCGGCCCCCUCUGUCUCAUUUGAAGGGCAUCCAUGAUAGAUACAGCGUAGGCAAAGAUGCACCCUUUGCAUGCCAAGUUUGUACCUACGAGAUUAUGAUGUCGUUUCAGCUUCUGGCACCACCUGUUAUGACCAUUGUGCAAGUGGGCCGAGGUCGCGUUCUUCGGCAUUUCGCUUGAGCAACGACGGGGAGGGGGGGUUGUGCUGUGUCUUAGAUCUGGCUCCUGUGCGAGAACUACCCGCCGAAAGCGGAGGUGGAGCUGAUGGUGUCCAGCCGGGAGCGGGACCGCAUCCGGUAUACCGACCGGGAAGAGUUCACGGCGGGCAUGAUGAUCAAGAAGAUUCUGCACCGCGGACGGUUCGGGGUCACGGAAGAGGAGGAGGGAAAGUGGUGCCCCCACGUGGGCGAGUGCGGCGGCUGCAUGUUUUCGUCCGUAAAGUACGCCCGGCAGCUGAUCGAGAAGCGGUCCUGGCUGCAGCGCGCGUUCCCCACACUGCAGUACGGCAUGCACCUCCGCGCCAUUCCCCAGAUAGACUUGGUACGUGGGACACGCGGCAAGUCGGUGCACGAGCGGAACAAAAAGGUGUGCGUGCCUGACAAGGUCCAGCGCUGUUUGCCGGCAAUUCAUGGGCAUCGCGAGUUUGAGUACUCCGCGGAGUGGUGCCCGCAUUACGGACGCGGCCGGGGUCCCGCGGGGUACGGCCGGGGCGGGUUCGAAGCGGACGUGGAGACCAGCCCCCUGUCGUGCAGCCGCCUGCCCAAGCGCCUCUUCCGCGCCAUGCGCGAGGCGGC